CUGGACGACCGCAUCCUUCAGUUCAACAGAAAAGAAAGGAUAGCAUGAGGGAGCUACUUGCCUCUCCUGGCUCAUCUUCAGCAAACCCUCUCUGGUGCUGAGCACCUCUCCUAAGCACUGAGGGAAGAUGAGGAGCCUUGUGCGAAUAUGACGUCUCUGACUGGUGUCAUUGCUUCCCACCAGUCCGAGUGGGUGUCCUUCAAUGAUGACCUGCUCCUCCCUGUUAAACCACAAGGUAGCACUGAGGAACCUCUGGAAAAAUGUUUUUCUUCCUCAGACUCCUCCUCAGAAGAGAACCAUAAUGUGGAUGGAGAAUUUCAGGACCUCUCCCACAACGAUCUGAGUGACGGAGCUGACAAGCCCAAGGCGGGUUCUGCUGUGCUUGGGAACCAUGUGUCCCCCAGAGCGGAUCUCUCAUCGUCCAUCAGUGCUUGGGUUCAGUUUGAAGAUGCACCAUGGACCAGCGCUCCAUCGAGGCAACCACGAGCAGCGUCCCCAUCAAAAGCACCCAGCUGGACUUCCCCCUCGUCUGACUCUUCUGAGAGACGAGCCCGUGCCUCCGAGAGCAGCUGGACGACCAACUCGGAGGACACCAGCAGCCCAAGCAUUGCCCCUUCCUACACAGACCUGCAGUCCAUCAAUACCGAGGACCUGACGAGUGCUGCAACAUCUGCAGCAGAUUCACCUGUUUCUCACAGAAAGACACAGGCAGCAGACAGAGUUAUCUACAUAAAGGUCCUCUCCCUGGCUGAAGAGAGAAAGGAUAAAAACAAUUCCUCAUCUCUCCAGGAAGAUGAAGAGGUAGAAAUGGAGGCUGUCAAUUGGCAGCUGAACAACACCUCCAUGAAUGGGCAUUCUGCUACGCCAACCACAGCUCGCUUUCCCAGUUGGGUGACUUUUGAUGACAACGAGGUCAGUUUUUCACCACAGAACCUUUCUCCCUUGAAAACAGACACGCCACCUGCAGCAAAACAGAAUCCAGAUGUCAACUUUAACCUCACUGCAUCCUUUAAGAAAAGAGAACGUCCUAAAAGCACCUUGGGUGACCUCUCCAAAAUUCAAAAGCUAGAUCUUUCCUCCUUAACCAAGUUGCCUUCUGUUGAAACACCACCAUGGAGUGCUACUAAUCCUUUCUUGGAUGAAUCUCUGCGAGAUGUCCAACCCUCACCCAUCAAUCCAUUCAGCUCAUUCUUUGAGGAGCGAGACAGACGAGACAGGCGUUCCCAAAGCUCUUCUGUCUGUAGUGCUCCGGGCAAAAGCCAAAGAGACUCUCUUAUUGUUCUACACCAAGAAGCUGAUACCAUCAGCUUCCUUGAAUCAAAUAAAAGUGUAGUCCACACGGAUGCCGUAGAGCAGCUCAAGCAACUCCAGAUUGGAGACCCAGACCGUGUGAGCAGCCCUGCCUUGCCUGAUGAUGAUCCCACACAUGAUCUGGAUGUCAAUUUAUUUAACCUGGCACCAGCUCAACCAAAGGAUGGAUGGCCAAUGAUGCUCAGGAUCCCAGAAAAGAAGAAUAUUAUGUCAUCCAGGCACUGGGGACCAAUAUAUGUCAAGUUGACUGACAGUGGAUGCAUACAGCUUUUUUAUGAAAAAGGGCUGGAGAAGCCUUUCCGGGAAUUCAAACUGGAAAUCAAUCAUGAGAUUUCUGAGCGCAAACUCCAGAACUACGAUGAGAAUGGAAGGAUACACAGUGUGCGGAUAGACCGCACCACUUACAAGGAGAAAAAGAAGUAUCAGCCUAAACCAGCUAUUGCUCACACAGCAGAGAGAGAGCAAGUCAUCAAGCUGGGGACUACAGACUAUGAAGACUUCCUUAGCUUCAUCAGCGCUGUGCAGGACACACUGAUGAACUUACCCACCUCAUCGACAGAUCUGAGCACAGUAGGACUGAACUACCAAGAAGAAGAAAUCACUGUUGAUGUCAGGGAUGAGUUUCAUGGCAUCUUGGCCAAAGGAGACAAUGUGAUUCUCCAGCACAGUGUGCUGACCCAUAUCUAUGUUCUCAGCUUCCUUUCUGGCCUGGCAGAGUGCAGACUGGGCCUUAAUGACAUCCUGAUGAAAGGGAAUGAAAUAGUUGCAAGGCAGGACAUAAUGCCCACUACUACCACUAAGUGGAUUAAAUUAUACAGUUGUCGGUUCCAUUCAUGUGUGGAUGAGGAUGUGUUUAAUAAUUCCCGCAUUAUCCUGUUCAACCCUUUGGAUGCCUGCCGAUUCGAACUGAUGCGAUUCAGGACUGUCUUUGCUGAGAAAACGUUGCCUUUUACUCUGAGGACAGCAGCCAGCAUCAAUGGUGCUGAGGUGGAGCUGCAGAGCUGGCUGAUGAUGUCCACUGGGUUCUCUUCAAACCGUGACCCUCUAACUCAGGUCCCUUGUGAAAAUGUGAUGAUCCGCUACCCUGUGCCAACCGAGUGGGUGAAGAACUUCCGCAGGGAGAGCGUCCUGGGGGAGAAAUCCUUGAAAGCCAAGGUGAACAAGGGCGCCACUUUUGGAUCAACCAGCGUGUCUGGUUCAGAGCCAGUAAUGAGAGUAACUUUGGGAACUGCCAAAUAUGAACAUGCCUUUAAUUCCAUCGUAUGGAGGAUAAACCGACUGCCUGAUAAAAAUUCAGCAUCUGGCCAUCCCCACUGCUUCUUCUGUCACCUGGAGCUYGGCUCUGACCGGGAAGUGCCUUCCAGUUUUGUCCGCCACGUGGAGGUGGAAUUUGACAUGCCCACCACAUCUGCRUCCAAAGCCACCGUUCGGUCCAUCUCUGUGGAGGACAAGACCGAUGUGAGAAAGUGGGUCAACUACUCAGCACACUACACUUACAAGGUAGAAAUAGAGCAGAAAAAAAAGUUGAAUGAAGAUCUGAAGGGAGAAGAUACUGAAAAUGUCAAUGAUUGUGCCACACAGUGAAAGCAGAUAARUCUGCAAGUCCUGAGAAGAGCCACAGAGAAGGAAUUAACAGCCCCAGAAGAAGAAAUUGCAGCAUUUUGGUAUUGUUCUUAAAAAAGUAUGGAUUGUUGCUUUCAGAAUGAUGUUCCACAGAGUGUUGAGUAUUUUUGCUCAUGAUGAUCCAUACUUUGAGAAGAAGCUCACCAGGGAUUUGUUUGAAGUGGACCCCUGGGGUUUUGCUGGAAUGACUUAAGUACAGUUGGUUCAUAGACAAACUGACUUGGCUAGCAGCCAAGCUUGCCUUGGUUGCCUCGUCGUCGUCUGGUGAUGUCUAAGGAUGGCGUGGCCACCACCACAGCCCAACCAGAGAGCAGCCUUCAUCUCUCUUGCAACUUGCCCUCUCUGCUAAGCCUGUGCCAAGCUGGUUUGGUCAUCGGCAGGCUCAUUUCCUUCUGAACUGCCUAAUAAAACCCAGGGAGCAAYGAGUAAAAGAGUGAUAGAGUGUCUCAUUGCAGGAGAUGUCAGCAGAGUGAAAAUCCCGAACAUUAUUCCGGAGAAUCAGGGAAUUCUGCAUCUUAAGCAGAGUAGGCAUCAAGCUGAUGGAGCUGCUCUUCUGUUCACCUUGUCCUCUCACCUGUAGCAUGUCACAGUGCACAUUUUCGUUUGGGGCCUGGACAAGCUACAUUUCCAGUUCUUAAAAUCUUCAUUUUUUCUUUUUUUUUUUUAAGUCUGGGCUUUUCUGUUAUCUUGACUGAACAUGGUUAUAGCUGCUAGGAACACAGGAUUUGAUGUAAUAAUUUGAUAUAUAGAAGGGACAUUAGUAAAAAGAUACUUAAGGAAAACACAUACUUUUUUUUAAUGUUUUCUUGGACUUGGAUAAUGGGUAAUGUGGAAGAUGACUGAUGAAAAAUAACAGUACGUGUACGGUCUGUCCUUGCAACAUACUUUCAUGUUCUAUUUUGAACCUACAAUACAAGAAAUUUCUGUAUAAUUAUCUUUAUAAAACACCCUAACUUCACCUGCACUCAACUUUUUCU